UAUCACUUUCCGUGUACCACAGAAAUAUUCAAAAAUCGAACGCACAGCGCGCUAAGUGCAAUUUGUUUACUUUUUUUUCUAUUCCUCGGACGGCCUAAACUGACAACGAAUUUAUUCACAGAUAAUUAAUUUAAAGAAAUUAAAGUUAGACUUUUCAAGGACGUGUAAUUAGGAAAUUUGAUGGCGAUUAAGUGAGUUUUUUUAUAUCGAUAAGAUAAUUGUAUAGAAACGUCACGUUCGUGGCGUGAUCGUGCGAAGUGAUCAAUUAAUUAAAGGAAUUUUUUUUUUUGGUCAAGUGCAGUUACAAGUGCCCGUUCUAGUUUGGAUUAUAGUGUGCGAAGCACAUACAACAUGACCAGACUUCGAUCGUUAAAGGAGCGAGUCUAAAACUUUCAAUCAUGUCAAUCCACACAAGAAAGAGGUCGAACCGGUGAUUUCUAGUUCAAAAUAAAAGAUGGCGCUGUUAACUAAUUCGUCAGCGAGUGGGCCAACAGCAACGCCGACGGCGCCCCAAGCCCAUCACUCAACGACGCCAUUACACCACUACUUUCACUACUUGAAACAGCCGUCGCCAUUAGCGCAGAAUCCUUACGCUCACCAUUCAAGCGCUCACCACAUGGGGAUGGGGCCAGGCCCGCUGGGUGGUCUCGGCCCUUUCGGUUUAACGCAUCAUGGCUUAGAGGCGGUUGGAUUCCCACAAGGUGUAAAUCCAAGAAAGCAACGUCGGGAGAGAACUACGUUCACAAGGGCACAACUGGACGUGCUAGAAGCAUUGUUCGGCAAGACCAGGUACCCUGACAUCUUCAUGAGGGAGGAGGUGGCUUUGAAGAUCAACUUACCGGAAUCUAGAGUACAGGUCUGGUUCAAGAACCGCAGAGCAAAGUGUCGACAACAGUUACAACAACAGACCAAUUCUCAAAUAUCAAGCAAAACCUCAUCAAACACCAAAAGCAUAUCAUCAAGUAAUACGAUCAAAAGCUCCAAUACAUCAUCGAAGAUAAGCACAUCGAAGUCAUUGACAAAUUCGUCAAAUGCGCUUACCUCAACCCAAAACACGUCCAGCAUUGCCACAUCCUCUCCCAACCUUCCAACCCCAACAACUUCCGUAAGCCCCCCAAUAAACGUUAUUUGCAAGAAAGAAGCGGGCCCCUCCAACUACGAUUCGUCACCACUGAAUAAAAACUUAUCCAUCUCUCAUCACUAUAAUUCGAAUGAUGCUCUAAGAAUCAGCAAGGAGUCAUCACCUUCUGAUGCUCUAUCGAAUGUCCAUAACUAUGGAGUGACACCAAAGCAGGAGCUUUAUAAUAGUCCAAAGCGGUUGGACUAUUCAAGCAAAGUCGACUAUUCAGAAAAAUCGUUUGGCAGUAACUUAGUUAAAGACCAGUACAGCUCUCGUUUGACAGGCAACUUAACUCCUUUAGGGUCCAAUUCAUCUAUCAUGACGACCCCGUCGCCCCCCAUAACUCCUCAAAGUUUGAAUGGUCCAGGAAAUGUUUAUCAUCCGGACAGCUACAACAGUUUCCACUGGCCAGGCAGCUCGGACUACAUCAGGAGUUAUUCUAGCUCUCAUCAUCAUCAAGGAUAUGGGCAGAGCGCAUACAAUUCACCGUACUAUCCUAGUCAGAUGGAGUAUUUCAACGGUUCGAGUGUGAACCAGUCUCACGGCACCCACCACUCACACAACUUAACAGCUAAUAGCAACCAGCUCUACAACCAAGUGUCAUUUGGCAAUCCCUCUCCCCCCACCGCCUGGCCUUCCCACCACAACAUUCUGUCGUCGGGCCCGGAGUCCCCCGAGAACCAGUCGCAGAACUCCCCACAUUUAAGCAUGCUACAAGCGUCCCAAAUCACGAACUUUUCAAACUCUGGCAACAACUAUUUCGCACCAGAAAAGUACGGUAUAAAUAUGGUGUAGUGUUACUAGUCAUUUCCUAGGUUACUGUAAAUACUUCCUAUUACUUAAGUCUCUAGGCGAUUUAUCCAGACAUCAUUUUGCUUCUGAACUAAAAAAAAAAUAAUUGUCUAUAGUCACGGUCAACAUUUGAAAAGCGUACUUUUGACAGCUGUCAAAUUUUUAAUAUUAUCAUUUAUUCUUUAUGACUUAAGUCUGAAACCGAACUGUAUAAAAAUUUGAGAGUUGUUAAAAAUGCGACGUAAGUACAUAUCAACAAUUGUUUUCAUUGAGUUAGAUCAAUUUUACAAAGCAAAGUUAUUUUGGAUAAAUCUCUUGAAUAAAGUUGAGAGUUUAGUCUACUUUGUAACUUAGAAUAUUUGGGCAAAACCUAAAAUCAUUCUGAUGCAAAAUAAAUAAAGUCAAGGCUUUGCGUCUAAAAAACCAAUAUUUUUUUCUCAAAAUUGCAAAGGACUAAAGUGUUAAGCUUAUCAAUAUUAAAAACUUAUUUAAAGUAUGAUUUUAUGAUUUGCCCAUUUUCUAAUUUACAAAUAUGCCCAUAAGACUUUAAUUUGUGAACCGUUAUUAACGAUUUUCAACGAAAUUUCAUAACGAGGCCUAAUUACCUUAAUGUCGGCUUAAAGUUGCCAUAUAAAAAAACCUGCAAUUUUUUUCGCUUGUACAUUCCCUUGAGUCAUAUCAUAUUGUAUUUAAAAAUUAAUAAUUUUAGAUUAUGACGACGCUUGGUGAAUUCGCGUAAAUUUAUUAUUAUUGUAUAUAUUAUAAAGUACUGUGUAAGAGUUUUUAUUUUUAAAUGAAAUUUGUAAAUGUGCGUGCUACUAUUGUAUAUGUGGAAUAAAUUGUGUAGGUGAUAAUUUUUAAGUGUUAACUUGAUUAGUGAUUCAUAGGAGUCCUUGGAGCUUACUAAAACCUCCAUUAAGAAAAUUUGUAUCCCAGUGUUACCAGUGGUAACAUCUUUUUUUGUAUGGCUAACCUAACCGAGCCUCAUACAGUACGAAGCUAUGAUAUUUUUUCUCCUAAUUUUUGAAAUUGUUUGCACUGUGAUUGUAAAAAUGAAACAUCAAUUAGUACAGAUAAAUUGUACAGAUAAUGUAAAAAUAAUUUAUAAUAGUCUAAUUAAUGUUUUUAAAUAAAGAAUUUGGGAAACAAAUUCUUAGAC